AUGAGUGACCUACAUCGUGCGCGCCACAGGGCCGGACGGUCAAGUCAGACUGGAGUGCGUCAGUCUAUCUUCGAGCUGCUUGCCGGCUCCAACAUGAAGCUCCAGGUCGCAGUGCUUAUUGCAACACUGCUUACCUUCACCACGCAUGCUCUGCCACAGGCACCCCACGUCGCGGUCUCGGACUCUGAGGCAGAAGCUGACAAUCCUUUCGUGGACUCCAACUCAAGUCUGCCUUCUGAACUGACUACCGAAAAAGAACAAGAAACAGGUGCUGAUGAAACUGUUUCUGAAGACACCGAGGCCCAGUUUCGUACGGAAGAAAACGACAUUAUAGAUAUUUCUUCGUUGUUCACGAAAGAUGAUAAUCAGACCAAAAGUGAUGAAAAUCCAAUUUCCUAUAUUCCAUCUCCGCGCAACCAAAUCGCCGCUGAACUUCCAGAAAUUGACUCAACAUUAUUUGGAAAUAAACAGAAAAUUGAAGGCGGAUACGAAGAAACAUCAACCUACAGUACGUUAGAUAAUGAUGAACAAGUUAAUCACACAGACGAUGAGUACGCACUCGACAACCCGAGGUCCCUUCCAAUAAUUUAUCAGAUCGCUGCCAAGUCCAAACUAGAAGAAGGGGAUUAUGUUACUGAGUCCACGACACUGGCAUUUCAGGAAAAUGGAAACAGCAAUACCAGCGCCCAGGGUCGCUCUAACCGGCACAGAGAUCAUCAAGAGUAUGAACAUCACAGAUCUCAUGAAAGUCACCACAAAUCUCAUUCAAGUCACCACAAGCCGCAUUCGAGUCACCACAAAUCGCAUUCAAGUCACCACAAACCGCAUUCGAGUCACCACAUACCGCAUUCGAGUAGCCACAAGCCGCAUUCGAGUCACCAUAAAACGCAUUCGAGUCACCACAAAUCUCAUUCGAGUCACCAUAGACCUCAUUCGAAUCACCACAAAUUCCACAAACGUGAUGAGCAUGACAAACACAAUGAUCAUCACCUUCACCAUCAUAGGCGUCCUAAUGACCGACAUGAUCACCAUUAUCACCAUGACCAUCGAAACCACCAUGACCAUCAAUAUGAUCACCGUUCCCGAAGACGCGGCCACAACCCUGACGAUGAACAGCAUUAUGACCAUCAAUACCCUAAGAGUCAUGAUCACCACGUGCAUUACCACGAUCACAGCUACGAGCACGUGGGACUGGGAACGUGCAUCGCGUUACCGAUUUCUAUUGGUAAACCCCCCGGCAAAACGAACAUACGUUCUUACAACUCCCAAAAUUCAGGCCAACACCAUGAUAGUGACCACCAUCAUCCUCAUCAUUCAGAUGAACACGACCAGUACGAUUAUCACCAUCACGAACAGCAUGAUCGUCAUGGUCAUGCUGACAGAGCUCAUGACGAGCAUCAUCGUCGCGAGCACUCGGCUCACUAUCAUAAGAGUUCAAAUUAUAAUGGACAUCAUAAUCACAGAGGCGGCCAAGAUUGUCAUGAUUGCCAUCAUCAUCACCAUCAACAUGAGAGAGAUCACCACAGGCACCACGACCGCCGUCGACAUCAUCACAAAAAAGACCAACACGAUGAACGCCGCUGGAAUUUUGGGAAUAUUUUCAAGCUUCCGAUGAUUGGCCAUAAAAUUUCUUUUGGAAUUUCUGGAGGCGUCAAAUCAUAUCCGCACUGAAGACCUCACUUUUGAACCUAUUUAAUUCUUCAAUCCUAUACACUCUAGCCUCAAAAAAAAUUGAUCGAGAAAUUGUAGCAAUCCUCCUCGAUAGCGAUAAAUUUGAUCGGAUUACCAGUAGUACCAACUGGACAUAGACAAUGAUAAUAACGGUUCAUAGAUUUUUAUUCGUUAUAAUUAAAUUGAAUGUUCUACGGAAAAUAUUUAAAAGUGAACAAAAUCUUGUAGUAAACGGGAGCACAGUCAUCAGCCAUACUCUGACUUUCAGCUUGCUUGUCAUCUGACAGUGCGAUUGAUUAGUGCGUAUAUACCUCAUUAAAACUUACAUGAGGUUAUAUAAAGUUAUCGUGAAAAAUUGAUAAAGAAUAUUAUAGAGGUGUUUAUAAUUGUUGCAAGAAAUAACGUGAUUUACGUGACGUUUCACAGUGUAAACGUUAAGAGGUUGUAGAGG